CUGCUAACCUGUGAGUGCGUUGAACCUAUGCAAAUUGUUACUUUUUUAGUCACUAUAAUAGAAACCUUCAUAUAGCUCCAUCAUUAAUGUUGACAGCAGCAGCGUUAUAGUACAAUUUGGUGUGUCAGGGUUGCUGCAGAUUCCCGUGUAAUAGUGCAUGUGAAAUACAUAGUUGUCUAUUGCAAUUAGCUGCAACGACAUAUAUCACCGACGAAGCUUACAAUGAGCAAAAGUGAAGUAAAAGAGUUUCUGUUUCAAAACUUGACGCUGAUUUUGGUGUUCGUUGCAUUGUCUUUGCUGUGUCAGAUCACCACUAUAGCGACGCCGGGAUGGAUGAAGUUCCAUUUGGAAUUUUACGAUGACGUCAAAGUGUCGUCUGCAAGUAACGAAUCCACGCUAUCCGACCUGACGGCAGAAGUUUCUGCCGGACUUUGGUUCUUCUCCUUCUGUUUCGAUGGUCGGUAUCAAAAUGGGACAGAACUCGCUUGUUUUACGGAAACUUUUAUUGACUACGACAACAAGCACCUUUCGAAGUUCCACGUCGACCAUCUUGAAUUGCUGAAGGACUUCUGCUUCAAUGCAUUAAGUGGCCUUCUGGAGUACCAGAUUGAGGCGUCCAUCAGCAUCGCGUGCCUUCUGAUCGGACUAGUAGCUUAUCUUCUGUACUACAAAUCAAGAGUCACUAAAAAGGGAUCUGGCAUCGUGGCAUGCUCUUGUUUUGCAAUUUCAGCUAUAAUGUUGUGGUUAGUUGUGGGGAAGAUAACAACCAUCACUCUCCAGAUGAAGAAAACCUUUGAGUUUCCUAUGGCGGCCAGCCACGCAACGAUUACAGUACUGAUGCCAUGGUGUCUGCUUGUUGCUGGAUUGUCUGCCCUGAUGACUUCGUAUUCUACAAUGACUUUCCUUGUCUAUUUGGCCCAAGACAAAACCCCGCAACACAGAUACAUGAAAACCAAUAGUCAUCAGCAGAUCCUUGCAGAAGACCAAGAACCUUGCUGCUCCAAUAACAAUCACCAUUCUAUUCCUAUGACACGGUUAAAAUAAACCCAGCUGUUUAAGUGUUACCAACUACUUCAGAGGAAAAUCAAAUGGACCUUUUCGUAAAGAAUUGCACAAUAGAGUACUUUAAAUUCAAAUGCAGCAAACUUGAAAACCACUGUCAUUCAGAAGGAUCCUAUUCACAAAUGACCUUGGGAACAUCUGUGUUUGUCCUUGUGGAGUGAAAUGCCUUAAUGCACACUACUACUAUAGUAAUGAUUACUAGACUGUUAUAUUGUAAAGGUGUAAUCUUUACACAUGUGUUACAAUUGACUAAGUGACAUAUACAUGUAAUUAAGGAGGUUUGUGUCCUUCUUAAGUACAAAAUAAUAAGUAUAAUCCUGUUUUAAUAUUAAUUUACAUUUUAUUUUCAUUUUGUAUAUUGCACCUUACACAUUAAUAAAAUUUUAAUGAAAUCACAAAUCAUUGUUUGGAGUUGUGGUUCAUCAUACAUGUAGCUGCUUCGAAAAGUAGAACAAUCUAUAAAAUUGUACAAAACAAGGUCCCGAGGCUUAAAAAUUUUGGAUGACCUGACUUUGGUUCAAGUCUGAUUUUUCACUAUAUAUUAUAUUCCAUAUUUGAGGAUUGAGACUUGGAUCAAAAACCUAACUUAUAUACCCCAAAUCACAUGCUAAUUUUAUUUGGGGGUGGGGGGGGGGUUGUAUUGAGGAUUUAGGUUUUUUUUUGCAUAGAGCAGUUCUAUAUAAAAUGUACAAGUAUACAAUGUGCAAUACACAGUCAAUAUGCAUGCAUAGAAACAAUUAUAUAUAUAUACUUAUCUCAUGAAAAAUAAUAAGACUUCAAGAACAAUAUAAAUCAGUUAAUGUAACCGGUAAAAAAAAUACCACCGAGAAGAAACAAUUAAGUGUCCUCAU